AUGACUCAGACCGUCCAAGUACCAGAACAGCGCUUUAUCGACGCAGUCCAAGACUGUCUGAACCGAUAUGAUGCGAAAUUGCAAGCCAUAAAUCAGAAGAUCUGGUCCAAUCCGGAACUGGCAUACGAAGAACACGAAGCUCACAAGAACAUCUGCGACUUCUUCGAAGCCCUGGGCGAUAAGAACUACAGCAUUCGCCGACAGGCUUAUAAUCUACAAACCGCAUUUGAGAUUGAAUAUAAACACGGGGAUGGCGGCGGGCGUGUUGUGGCAUUCAACGCAGAAUACGAUGCCCUGCCAGGAAUCGGGCAUGCCUGUGGCCACAAUCUGAUCGCCACAAGUUCAAUUGCUGCAUUUAUCGCAACCUGCGAAGCUAUGAAAGCUGUCUCCGGUAGCAAAGGAUUCACUGCUCGUUUGAUCGGUACCCCGGCUGAGGAAUCGGGGGGUGGUAAGGUCCGACUCAUCGAUAACGGGGCAUAUAAGGACGUGGACGCCUGCCUUAUGGUGCAUCCUAUGCCCAUGGCGCCGGAGUACCCCAAUCUCUUGAGUGUCGCAACUGCCACCACUGGAGGGUAUCUUGCCAAUGAUAAGGUUACGGUUACCUUUACUGGAAAGCCUGCUCACGCUGCUGCUGCGCCCUGGGAGGGUAUAAAUGCGCUUGACGCCGUGGUAGCAGCGUAUGUCAAUAUCUCGCUCCUCAGACAACAACUCCUCCCAUCGCAGAAGGUCCACGGUGUUGUAGUGAAUGGUGGUGACCGCCCGAAUGUCAUUCCCAUGUCCGCCACUGUGAAUUAUUAUAUUCGCUCGCCGACCGUCAAGACGCUGAAGCCUCUUACAGAGAAGAUUAUCAAGUGCUUCGAAAGCGCAGCAAUGGCCACUGGAUGUAAAGUGGACUUUGAAUGGGGCCUCUCGUACGCAGAUCUGAAGACAAACACGCCAAUUUGCGACAGUUAUGUGUCCGCCUUGCGAGCAAUGGGCCAGCAGGCCGUUUUUACAACUCCACCGCGCGAGGGGUUUGGUGGCGGCUCCACUGAUAUGGGAAAUGUAUCAUAUGUCGUCCCAGGCUUCCACGGCAUUUUCGCCAUCCCAGCCGACGGCGUCAACCACACCCCGCAGUUUACAGCAGGGGCAGGGUCUAUAGAAUCGUAUAAACGGGCAAUCAGCUGCGCAGCAGGAAUGGCGAUAGUGGGGUGUCGGAUUUUGGACGAUCAGAGGUUUGCCGAGCAAGUCAAGGCGGACUUCUUGAAGGACGAGUAG